UAUGGAUAUUUGUGGUGAAAGUGUUGCAGCAAGUGUGUGGCAGUAGUAUGAAUGUGGAUGCAAAUGGUGCAGUUGUGGCCCCUACUUUGUUAAUGAAACCAUAUACAUAUCAAAUAUUUGAUGACUAUACGGAUGAACUGUUAAAUGAACGUAAUGCUGUUGCAACACCAUUGUGGCAGACAUGGGAUAAAAACUAUUAUUAUAAACGUUUUCCCCUAAUAACAGCAACAACAACUACAACAGCAAAAACCAAAGGCAACAACGGAAAUUCUAUGACAUCAGGAGAAAUUACUUUUGAAAAUUUAAAUGAUUUUGGUAGUUAUAAAAUAAAAAAUGCAAUUUGGCCAAAACUAAAGCAUCAAAACAUAAAAGCCAAUGGCAAUAAUGACAAUGACAUUAAACAACGACGUCAUAGUUUACAACAAUUUGUAAUUGUUCAUAGUAACGAAGGAGAUGGUCAUGGGUUUGAAGGGGAUGCUGAUGACAAACAAGGAUCUUCCACUAUGACAAAUAUCCGUUACAAACAAAACGAAAUGCUACCAAUUCUAAUGGAAAAACAUUUCAAAACUAAAGAACAAGAUGCUAGAACAACAAAAAACAAAAAAACUUACGCCAAUGAAGAUGAUGAUUUGAAGAAGAAUUUAUUUCCUGUAAAGGAUGACAACACCUCAAAUAAUGUAAAUGAUGUCGAUGAAACCAUUGAUGAGGACAAUACUUCGACUGAGGAGGAGGACGUUAGUGUUGGCGUUGCUGUCGAUAAAAAUUGUAUUGCUAACAGCAACGGAAACGGAAAUGAAAAUUUAAAUUAUGCUGACAAUAACGUUGUAAAUACUAAUUACAAGAUGGCUCAACGUAAUGACAAUGACCAUAAUAGGGAUUCGUCUGACAAACAACAUUCAUACACUCAAACCAACUAUCUGAUAAGGAAGAGUGUCUUUAAACCGUAUGACAAACGUGCUAAACCAUCAAUUGUUCAUACGCCAUUUUUGCCAGCUGUCAGUGGAGGUGCCAUGACAAAUUUGGGUAAAUUUUUUCGCGACCUUUCCAAAAAUGUUCACGUCAGCGAACAGUAUCAAUGGAAUUCCGAAGAACAAAAACUACUCGAGGGUGAUCCAAAUUUUGGCAAUAUACAACAUCAUCUAACCAAACCGAAUGCAGCAACCGAUCAACAAACUGCAGAAUGGAUUAAAGCCAUACGUUUCUAUCGGCCAUCACAGAAGAUACGUUCAUUGGUGGCCAUGAAUCCACAUGGUCAAUGGGAUCAUAGCUCACAGUUUAUAGAUCCCAAUUAUAUGUGGGUGGGUUUGGGUAAAUAACAGAUUACAAAGAGUGGAUAAUGUUAAAAAGUAUUUUGAACAAUUAAUAAAUUAUUAUUAAUUUUUGUUGGUUUGUUUUUGUUUUUUUGUUUUGUAAAUUAACAACGAAUGCAAUCGAUGUCGUUUUUAUAUAGAUUUAUAAGUAAAAUAAACGUAUACAAAUUAGUUGGAUAUUUAUUGACGAAACAAACAAAAAAUGUUAAGAAAA